AUGCGACCGCGCGAGGGUAUAAAAUAUAAAUUCACCGGUGCGGCGUCGUCUCACAGCAGUCUAUCGGUAUCGUUCGUUGCGCACGCACGCAGCGGCUUCCUCGUUUAUCUCUCGCUAUAUACGACAACACACAACAACAGCAGCAAGAUGUCCGGCCGCGGCAAAGGUGGAAAAGUAAAGGGGAAGGCAAAGUCCCGUUCUAACCGUGCUGGUCUACAGUUUCCCGUCGGUCGUAUACACAGACUGCUGCGUAACGGCAAUUACGCCGAGCGCGUCGGUGCCGGCGCACCGGUGUAUCUCGCCGCAGUCAUGGAGUACCUGGCCGCCGAAGUCCUCGAGUUGGCCGGCAACGCGGCCAGGGACAACAAGAAGACAAGGAUCAUACCUCGUCACCUUCAGUUGGCGAUCCGCAACGACGAAGAGUUGAACAAACUUCUCUCCGGCGUGACCAUCGCUCAGGGAGGUGUUCUACCUAACAUUCAGGCCGUCCUACUGCCCAAGAAGACCGAGAAGAAGGCCUAA